AUGGCCAAGGCCUGCAUGGAGCUCGAGUCGCAGCGCCGCUGGGUCUGCACGGGCACCCCCAUCAACAACAGCGUGGAGGACCUGCUGGGCCAGUUCUGUGUGCUGGACAUGAAGCCCCUCUCAAUAAAGAGCUUCUUCGACGCACACAUCAAGGCGGCGUUUGGCGGCAGCUACUACGCGGACAAGCCCCCUCUCCGCACGCUGCUGUACGUGCUGCAGAAGACCCUCAUCCGCCACACCAAGCGCCAGGUCAUCGCGGGGGUGCAGGUGCUGGACCUGCCGCCCAAGAGCGAGGAGGCCGUGCCGGACAUCAACAAGCGCCUGCUGCAGAUCAUGGGGCUGCUCAACCCCCUCAGGCGCAUCUGCAGCGGCGGCCGGCUCACGGCGACCGACCUGCAGCUGCCCGAGCACCUGGAGGCCGAGAUGAACCCACUCACGGGCAUCCCCGGCGCAGCCAUCCUGGGCUGGGCGCAGAGGGCGGGCGAGCAGGCGCCGGUGUCAGGGCCGGUUCAGAGUGCUUCCGAGCAAAGCAACCAAGGAAAGGAGGGGUCCUGUUGA